GGCUGAUGUACAGGCAGGCGCUCCCGGUGACUCUGAAGCCAAACUGAGCAAGAAGUGGUAAUCCUCAGAUUCUUGUCAAGUUCAGUUGUGGGCAAUGUUGGUACCAGCACUGCUCAGGCUGGUUAGAUGCCCAGUCUGGGCACAGAGUGUUCUAAAGGUGGAUUUUCUUGGAAAGCAUCUGUCUACUUUCUGUGUUCUCUACAAGGACCAGGCAUUUCAUGGGAAAAAAAGUGAGCAAAAGAGGAGAUUGAAAGCCGAAAAGAAAGCCACUGAUAAGGAAGCCAAACACAAAGAACAGAAUGAGAAGCUGCUCACAGAAGAAGCUGCCAUUGAUGAGGAAACCUUGGAUCCCAAUCAAUAUUUCAAGAUUCGUACGCAGGCGAUUCAGCAGCUGAAAGGCACAAAGGAUGACCCUUAUCCUCACAAGUACCAUGUUGAUAUGUCCCUCACAGAAUUCAUUGAGAAAUACAACAAUAUUCAGACUGGAGAGCAGUUAUCAGAAAUUGUCAGCGUAGCAGGUCGAAUCCAUGCCAAGCGUAUUUCUGGAGCUAAACUGAUUUUCUAUGAUUUGCGAGGUGAAGGCACAAAAUUGCAAGUGAUGGCCAAUUCAAGAUUUUACAAAUCUGAGGAAGAAUUUACAGCAAUUAAUAACAAGCUCCGUAGGGGCGAUUUGAUUGGAGUGAAAGGGAAUCCUGGAAAAACUAAAAAAGGUGAACUGAGUAUCCUACCACAUGAGAUGACUCUGCUUUCUCCAUGUCUCCAUAUGCUGCCACACCUCCACUUCGGCUUGAAAGACAAGGAAACUAGAUAUCGACAGCGAUACCUGGAUCUUAUCUUGAAUGAUUAUGUGCGACAGAAAUUCAUUGUUCGUGCCAAGCUUAUAACAUAUCUUCGGAAAUUCCUUGAUAAUUUAGGCUUCCUUGAGAUUGAAACUCCAAUGAUGAAUAUUAUUCCAGGAGGCGCAGUAGCAAAACCAUUCAUUACCUAUCACAAUGACUUGGACAUGAAGCUGUAUAUGAGAAUAGCACCUGAGCUGUACCACAAGAUGCUUGUGGUUGGUGGAAUUGACAGGGUCUAUGAAAUAGGCAGACAGUUCCGAAACGAGGGAAUAGAUCUGACCCACAAUCCAGAGUUCACAACAUGUGAAUUUUACAUGGCAUAUGCAGACUACAAUGAUCUCAUGGAAAUCACAGAAAAAUUGCUCUCAGGUAUGGUUAAACAUAUUACUGGUGGUUACAAAGUAACCUACCACCCUGAAGGGCCAGAAGGCCCAGAAUAUGAGAUUGACUUCACUCCACCCUUCAGAAGAAUAAGUAUGGUACAUGAGCUGGAAAAAGCCUUGGGGAAAAAACUGCCUCCAACAGACCAGUUUGAAACCGAAGAGACCCGCAAACUACUUGAUGACAUUUGUGUGGAAAAAGAGGUUGAGUGCCCAGCACCGAGAACCACUGCCAGGCUGCUAGACAAGCUGGUUGGAGAUUUCCUGGAGAUAACCUGUAUUAAUCCAACAUUUAUAUGCGACCAUCCGCAAAUUAUGAGCCCUCUUGCGAAAUGGCACCGAUCUGAAAAGGGACUCACAGAGAGGUUUGAGCUUUUUGUCAUGAAAAAGGAGAUCUGCAACGCCUAUACAGAGUUGAAUGAUCCAUUCAGACAAAGGGAGCUGUUUGAGGAUCAAGCUAAGGCCAAAGCAGCAGGUGAUGAUGAGGCAAUGUUCAUUGAUGAGACUUUCUGCACUGCACUAGAGUAUGGCCUUCCACCAACUGCUGGAUGGGGAAUGGGAAUUGAUCGAGUGGCCAUGUUCCUUACUGAUUCCAAUAACAUAAAGGAGGUUUUACUCUUCCCUGCCAUGAAGCCUGAAGAUAAUAAGAAAGAUCCUAAUGCUAACCCAAAUUCUGAUGGGACGUCUGUGUAACUGCUUCAAUUUUCUGUUUUUAUCAUGAUUGCAAUAUUUGUCUAGGAAAUCUGUCCUGUUUGGAAAUCAAUAUUACCUCAUUUGUAAUGCAGAUAAUAAAUGAAACAAACUG